UCAUGUUGUAAUCGCUCGCGCAUCAAAAGAUCUUACAGUCCCACCAGUUUUCAUUUAGUUUUUUGAUUCGAAAGUUGUAUGCUUCCAAUAUUUUUAAGGUCUAAGGAAUAGGAAAAUGUUUCAGUUCAUCUGAUAGUUCAUUAACAUGUUUCAGUGCUCCUGAUUUUCCUAGAUGCGACAGUUUAUUGUGGAAGCCUUUUCAUUCAAGGCACUAAAUUGUUCCGAGAGACCUUCCUUAUGUGAUUUAGAUUCUUCAAAUAAUUCAAGUUCAAAUGGUCGUGAACAUGGCGUUCCAUGUUUGCUUGAAAUAACCAGCAAACAGACAAACUCCUACGAUUUACAGAAGGUGAAUUGUAAGAAUACGGUUAUCUCAAGCACCUGUAAAUCACUUAACUUAAAUGAAGUUUCUCCAAAUGCUGCUAGCCUUUUGAAGCCCACAAAAACACGAGAAUCAGAAGAGGUAAGGAUUACAAAACUCUAUCAUCUCGCUUUACGUCUUUGUUCGUCUGAUUGUCCUGAUGAGGAAUUUGGAGCCAGACCUAUUUUGGAAAGUAUUUUGAACAGUUUUAUCAUUGAAAGUAAUAAAUUAACUCCACAACUGGCAUCCGUCAAGUUUGCUAGUUGCAAGUUACUUGGAGGCAUUUAUUUCAAGUUGAAUAAAGAUGCUGAAGGUAUCGAUCUUCUUAAUAAGGCUUUACAGCUUGAUUCGAAUGACUUAAGUCUUUGGAUACGCUUAGCUCGUGCUGCUAUACGUUCAGGUUCUUUUGAAGUUGCUAUAAGUUCGAUAGAUCAUAUCUUAACGAAACGACCUUCGCAUCCACUUGCAUUACACCUUGCUUUGCCGUUAUACUUCGCUGUAUCUGAAUUAGAAAUUUGUUUAGAACUUUCAACUCGUAUGCUGCAAAUAGAUCCUUCCAGUGAAUAUGCUGUUUAUUUCAUCAAUCGCAUCCUUACAAUCCAGCCUAGUUUGCAUGAGAUGGUUCAGGAUUUAUUCUUACAAAGACCAGAUAUUUUGAGUCAGUUACCGUCAUGUGAAGAAGCUGAACGGGUUGAUCGUGAAGUACAAAAGAUUCGGUUAAUUUAUCGUAAACAAAAAGAUGCUGAAGUUGAAUCACAAAUAAUUCCAUUCGUGAAGUUUCCAUCCCCACUGAAACAUUUAAGCUGGUUACAUUUGAUUGAACAAACAGUGGCAAUGUAUGACCGUUUACACAUGGAGUCUUCCAUUCAUGUAGUCCUUGAUCUAUCAUCCUUGUUGUACAAGGAAUUACUUAAUGAGACAAGUGAAGUUUUAAGCCACCCAACAAAUACACAUUCUAAUUGUAAAUUAACCGAAAAAUCAAAUGAUGCUAUCAAUCAAAUUGAGAAUUCUAAUAUUCAUAAAGUUUCAAAUUCGGAUACAGUGUGUGAAUUAUUGAAAGAUGAUUUUAAUGAUUUUAAUAUGGAAACAUCUAGUGAUGAUUUAGCUGCUGGACUUGAAAAACGUCGAUCUGCAAGAGUUAGAACAUGUUUCGAUUUAAGUGAUGGUUUGAAUCGUUACUGUUCAAGGCGAUCUGUGAUAACAGAAAUGGAAAAAGUCUCUGAAAAAUGUAAACCUCUUAGUGAAAAGGUGAACAAUGCACAAAAAGAAAAUAAUAAUCCAAAUGAUCGAUUUAAGCUGGCGGACAGAUUUCAAACUCUUCUGCCUCAAAUAUUCAGAGAUUUAGGACUGUAUAAUCGAAAACAGAAGACGAUACACGAAGUGAAUUCAUCAGUGGAAAAUUUAGUUGCUGAAGCUACUUCAUCUGGUAAAGUUGUAUCGGUUCAUUCGGAGACUGUUCCAUCAAAGCAAUCUGAUUUAUGGAGUGCAAAAUCUGUUCAUAGUUUCCUAAUCCUAUUGAAUAGUAUGAAACCGAAUGUUGUUACAUUUGGUAUAUCAUUGCUGUUACAGACUAGUCGACUCACUGGAUGUCGGUGGUCUUCAGAACUCGCGACUGCCUAUUUGAAUUUGUUCAGUCGUUUACAACCAUCCUUCCCAUAUAUCCUAACAAUCCCACCUUCUCAUUCGUCAUCAGAAGCAUUAGGUGACCAUGUCCGUGAGAAGACAGUAGAUUCUGAAACCUGUUUACUACCGGAAUAUGUAUUAGCUCUUAAAGUCCCGCCUGAAUUAAAUCAUUUAUCAGACUUCUACAUCAUAUAUAUUGAAUUAUAUUUCGAGGAAUUAGAAUCUAAUCAUAAUUCAACGGAAUCUACAGCAAAGAAUUCUCAGUCGAUUGAAUCAUCAACAUCAUUGUUGUCUGUAUUAAAUGAAAUACUUUCAAGAUUUGAAGAAACAUCUUCAGAUUAUCCUAUUAUUAUGAGCCAUUUAUUAUGGGUAGAUUAUUUAAUGUGUUCUCAUCGUCAAGAUUAUGCUGAAAUGAAAGAAUGUGUACUUGCUCUGAAGAAACAUCUUUCAGAGCAUAAACUUGUUGUCACCCGUCCAUACAGUGUUCACCAUGGAGAUUUGACUUUGGAUUAUAUGAAUCAUUUACUGUCCAAGUUGAAGAAUGUCUCAUCUUUUGAUCGUUUAAUCCAGUUGUCAAAUGAGGGUCAACAUGUUUAUGUUGUAUUGGAAUUGAUGAAAACUUUUCAACUUCAGCGUGCCACAAACUCGAUAUUAUCUUCUUCCUAUUCCUCCUCCGAUUCAAGCGAUCAUUCUCAUUCAAUUAUUAAACAGUUACGAUUGUGUUAUAGUUCAUUGAAAUAUCUUAUCACAAAUAUACAGUCAAAUGAUUAUAAGCCUCCUGCUGCUGAAAAUUCUACCACAGAAGUUAGCAGUAAUGAUGAUGUCGAUGACGAAGAUGAUAAUAACAACAGUAUGGAUGAAGUACCAUAUCCAAGUAUUCAAUCGCUAUACUGUUAUUGUGUUGUGUUGAUCGAAGAGUGUUUAAUUCUGCUGUCUGGAACAAGUCAAGAUCAAGUAAUGUCUGAGGAGUCUGUGGAUAUUGUUGGCUCGAUUGCCAUGAAAACAGUCAAACUUUUAAAUAAAUGUUGGAUUCUGUUAGGAGAUAAUUAUGUCAAUGAAGAUAAUUGUCAUACAAGUCAAUAUUCAAUGAAGUAUUGUAAUUCAUCUAGUGAUAUUUCGUUAUUCGCUGACUUACCAAUAAAGUUGUUAGGAUGUCACGAUGAUGGUGAUGACGAUAAAAGAAAAAGUAGUAACUGUCAGUCCAAUCUGGUAAAAGAUGAUACGAUAGUUACUGUGGUGAAUACAAAUAAAUCAGCAUUGUUAAGUAUUUCUGACGCUUGCCGGACUGUCACGGUUAUCGUUGACUUAUUGAUAUGUAUUAUACGUAUAUCUAUCAAACUGUUAUCCAACUGGACAUCGGAUUUCUACCUGCAGUUAGUUUCUUUGUUGUACGAACACUUAAGUUGUAUAGAACAAAGCAUUCCUUGUUCAGCUUUACCUAUGGAAUUGCGUAUCUAUCGAUAUGGUGCAGAAUUGACGGAAGAUCUUUCAUUGGAAUUGAAAUUGAAUGCCUAUUGUGGAUCGGCUAGUGCACCUCCCAGUAUUGCAUGCUUGCAUUUAUUCCAUGAAUUUUCAAUAUUGUUAUUCACCUAUAAUCAAUUAUCAACGACUAAUAAUCCAGUUUGUCGUGAUUAUCCAGAGAUUGUAAAAUUGUUAGUACAGUUGGUAAUACGUAGUAGUAGUGAAUUACAGUCAAUCAGUGCACGAUUUUAUUCGCCAGAUUUACGUUGGUAUCUUGAAACAAAUAGUCGUGUUGAUAAUAUUGAUGGAAAUGUAAUGACUGGUCGUAGUGACUAUUCAAGUACACUUCAGACAAACGAGGAGUACACCACUCCCGUCUCACCUGAUGAUAAUACUGUAGCUUGUAGAGAUGAUCUUCAGAACACUAUCUCUAAGUGUUGGCCUAAAGACUGUAUUUGUCUAGCUCAAGUAUUAAGUUGCUCUAUGAAAUGUCUACUAGGCAACUGUUUAACACGUGAAAUUACUACAUUCUAUCAACCAACAGAGAAAUAUUUAUCCCUUGACUUUCUUGAAUCCUCUGAAUUCAUGAAGAUAUAUAAUUGUAUCAAGACGAAAUAUGGUGACGGUUAUACUAAUUUUAUUCCCGAAUGGAUUAAUACAGUAAAAAAUUUGUUUGACUUUUGUGAUGUAUUCAACCAUCAUCAUCAUCAACAACAGUUACAAACCACUUUGAAUAAUAAACCGAAUUGGUGGAAUUUAUCUGUGGAUGGUAAUAACUGGCAACAAGAAUUUCUGGAUUGGGAAUGUGUGAAGAUAAUAUUUUUAUUCGCUUGUCCUAGUCCUUUCCCAGAAUAUGAUAGUAUUAAGACACUUUCAAUAUCAAAUGAGAUGCUAAAGUUCCUUUGUGAUACUACAAAGAUUAUGUCGACUUUUGAGCAUGAGAAGAUGCUUCCAAAAUGUCAAAUCGACUCAUUAUUACAAUCAAAAACAAAAGAUAUACAAUUACCAUCUGUUCCAAAAGGGUUAAGUUUUCUGACCAAAUCGAUGUAUUAUUUAAUCGCUGAUAACUACAUGAAGAAUAAUCAUUUUGAUCGUGCUGUGGAGUAUUACCUACAAGAUUUACGUGUUUCUCCUCAUCGUGCAGAUACAUGGGCUUCAUUAGGUCUGAUCUACUCCAGUGAAUUGGAACAAGUUUUGAAUUUGACUAAUCUGAAAACGGAACGAGUUUCAGCUGAAGCUGUUUCACGUUGUUUACGCUGUUUUAAUGUGGCACUUCACCUGCAACCAGAUACUGUCACGUUACUUAUUGAACGUGGCUGCCUUGCCUAUCAACUACAUUCAUAUGCUGCUAGAAUUGUAAAAAAGUCUGAAUACAGGAAUUUUCCAGAUGUUCAUUUAAACCUAUGUCGUAAAUGGCGCCAUCGUAUGUUACAGUUGUCUCGUUCUUCUUACGAAAGUGUGCUAAAUCUAUGCAGUUCAGCUAAACAACAACGAUUAGAAACAACAGAAGAAGAAAGAAAAGCAACAGCAUCAACUGUAGCUGAAGAAGUAGCUCAAAUAUCUGAUAAACUUCAACGAAAGAUCCAAUCUAGCCGUUUAAUUGAAAAUGAUAUCACGGAUAAUAAAUCAAAUCCAGAUAAUAGAAUAGCUCAAAGUAAAGAAGAAGAAUGGUUAUGUCAUUAUAUGUUAGCUAAAUGUGCUGAAAAAGAUGCUCAUCUUAUCAAACAAUCAGAAGAUGUGUAUCCAUCGUCUCGUUUAAUGCAUGUUCUACGCUUGUAUCAUGGUGCAUUAAAGGCUUUAGAUGCUGCUGGAGCUAAAUAUCCUAAAAAGAUAAUUGUUUAUAACAAAUUACCUUUUCGUGCUGUUGAAGCGAUUGAGGUAUAUUAUAGGAUUCAUGCAUUAUCUUUAAAGUCUUUGUUGAAAUAUGGACCUCCUUCUGGACAUACUUCACAAUCGGAUCGUUCUGCUUAUCCAAUUAAUUUAACAGAACUAGAUCAGUUCCUUGCAAUGAUUGACACGUCUGAUUUUGUCACUAGUGCAAGAAAACCAUGCCGACGAACUCGUAAACGAACGGCUAACAUGGCAGGAUUAUCCACUAAACAAAGUCAACCACAAAAGUUAAUUGAUCAAGUUGAACUGUUUGAAAAUGGUGAUAAACCAACAGGAGUGAAUGAAUCAUCUGAAGUGAUAAAACCAAUUGAUACAAUUGAAAAAGUUUCAGAUAAGUCAAGUCAGCCGCCUAAUAUUUGUUUAAUUUCAAGCAAUUUGAAUACUAUUUCAUCACAAGAUGAAUUUAUCGAUCUCACUUCACCUGAUCCAAAUGUGGAAGAAGAAGAAUCACCUGAACCAUUAUCUAAUAUAUUCACUGACAAAUUAGUUUUAUGGAAGAAAUGCGUUGAUCGGUGUCGUUGUGCUUUAGAAUUGGUACUUCAACGACUACCUCUUCAUUAUAAAGCAAUGUAUCAGUUAGCUUCAUUAUACCUACAUGCUCCUCAUUUAAAGGAUUCCAACAAAGCGUUGGAUAUUCUAUUGGGUCCAACAGAAGAACCGUGUAAACCAUUAUCCACUACCAAUGCUGGUAAUAACAAUACCACUAAUAUCACUACCACCAGUGCUUCUAAUCAAUCCAAUAUUGGAGGUCUUUUUAAAGACAGAAAACAGAAUAACUUUUUUUAUGGUGUUUGGCGUAUACCAACAGCUGAUAUCGAUCGUAGUGGUAAUUUUGCCGCUCACAUGUAUCGUUCUGUUUCGUUGACUUUAUCUUUACUUCAUGAUCGAGGAGAUUGGAAGCGUUUAGUGCAUAUAUUUCAUCAACUGAGAAAGCAACCUCCAGAAGAAAAGAGAGGAUUCCUUGGUGAAGGUGAUCGUGUUUUCCUAGCUAGACGUGCAUUUAGUCUCAUACAGCCGACACUAUUCAAUUGGUUAACAAAAUUGUCAUUAAAUUUAGCGCAUAAAAUUACUGAACAAAUUUCAAAAGAUCAUUCAUUCGCAUUCAAUUCAGACAUAUCGUCUAUGGUCUCCGAUGGUUUUUUAACUGUAGAAACUUUAACUCAAAUUUAUCGACUACAUUGUGUUUCAUUUUCACGUAACUCAUCAUCUGGUGUAUUAAAUACGUCUACUUCGAGCAGUUUAAACUCAAGUCUGUGUUCACCUACAGCUACCUGUCCUACUAAUACUGUUGCUGAUACAUCUUCAUGUCCCUCGAAUACACCUGGUGCGGCUAAUGUUACCGCAGCUGAAACUUCUGGUUAUGCAUCAGUUCUGCAGUUAGCCUAUCGAUUAUGUCCAGCAGUUUGGGAUUCUCGUGGUCCUUUAGUUCCACUUGACUGGGUUCUAGAAAGGUGUAGUGAAUUGGCUGCUACAAAAUCUUUAAUAGGAAUAUCUGAUAGUUCAAGUACGAUGAAUAAAACUUGAUCAAUAUAUCCAUCCAUUGACCAUUAAAAUUAGACACGGUUAAUAAGAAACAUUUGUAUUUGAUAGAUUAAAUUCGUUUUAGGUGAUAAUGUUAAAAUUCCCCUUUUGUACAUAUAUUAAAGUAUGAUUUGUUUUGGGUUCUUUUUGUGUAAAAUGGUUCAGUCAAAGAUAUUUCAUCACUAAGUGACAUGAUUUAAUCAGUAUUUACUUUUGUGUAUUAUCCUGUUAUUUGAUGUAGGUAGGAAAGGCAGCCUUAGUAAAAUUUGAGUGGUAUCUGGAUGAAUAAGUUGAAUUGAGCAAGGUGAUAAGAAUGAUUAUUAUUUUGGAAUGUAAAUUGUGCACUAUCAUCCAUAUUUUGUUUGGCUUGCGAUUUUGGCUCAGUAGUCAGUGUGAAAAUGAAUAUAAGAUCAACAAUAGGAAACUCGAUCAUUGUUUUUUUUGUGGAGCUGAAGGACAUGUAUUCAAUUGAACUUCAGUCGACCAGCAUGAUUUUAAAUUCAGUUGGUAUAAGUUAGGAAUGUGUUCUAAUAACUUUAUCGAUUCAUACGAAUGUUACAGGUUGUCUUGUUUGUAUUGUGUUGUCUGAGCUGGAUUAACUAAUCGUGGGGCUUUCAUCAUCUUUCUAGACCACAUCAUCAGCACUAACUUCAAUAUGAAGUGAGCUGUCAAUAUCUCUCAGUCAGUGAUUUAGUAGCUUGCCC